GUGCCUUGAUUUUAGGUGAGGAUCUCUCUUGGGUCAAAUUCAGGGUGAAAUCUUUGGGCGAAGUUCAUUGAAAGUCUAUAAAUAGAGCAUUCAUUUUUUUCUUCUCCAUUUUGCCUUAAAAACCCCUAAAACCUUAAAAAUCUUCCAAAAUUUCUAAAUUUUCUUUCAAGGCCCCAACGACUCCCUGUUGCCUACUUUGUCAAGGGAAAGCAAGUUAAUAGCGGAUCUCAUCAGUCGAGCCUCACCGGUGCACCACUGUAGUUAGAGAUGGUGUUGGUUUCUCCACCAGAUACGCCUGUUAGCAGAUGCAACCACUUCGGCAAUAGUGAAAGUCAAGACCCAUUAAUGCUGCACAUCUUUAGGGGUAAUGUUCCCCUAUUUUAUGCGAAGACUAGCGAAGUGCUGGUGGAAUUUACUGGUCAUGGUAGUGAGGCCAUUUUGAAAUAUCUUAUUAUUGAUGCAAAGAUCUCUAUUCAUGAAGAGGAUCAGUCUGGAAAGCCACAUUUCUUGUUUGGUGAUUGUAAUCCAGGUGUCAACUAUAUUUUUAAUAUGGAGAAGGAGCGCUUGUACUAUGCCUAAGGGGUUAUCGCUUCUACUUGCCAGAGAUGUAACAGCAUGUGUUAUUCAUGUAUUUUACAGCACAUUAUCAUUCUCGUUCAAUGUUGUUCUCUAUCACUUGCAAGUAGGUUAGUGUAAUGUUGGGUAAUUUGAAGUAGGAGGGAGGGUUCUUCAAAGAAGGAUGCUAACGUCUAAGUAUUCUCGGUCGUCUUCUAGGGUCUAUCAAGGAGAAUGCUCGGACAAAUGAGAUUCUAGUGGUCCCUAACGUGUUCGGUAAUUAGUCUGUGGACAUUAAUAGGUAAUACCCAGAAGAGGAUGUCAGAUUCCU